CGCGAGCGAUGGCGGACCCGAGCUCCUUCGCGUCCCCCGCGUGCUGCCUCACGCGGCACCUCCACCUGCGCUGCCGCGCGGACUUCAGCGCGCGGGUGCUGCGGGGCACGGCCGCCCUCACCGCGCGCGCGGAGCGCGAGGCGCUGCGCUGCCUGGUCCUGGAUACAAAAGAUGUACAGGUGUUUAAAGUGACUGUAAAUGGACAGGAUGCACAAUUUGCUUUUGGAGAAAAGCACAGUUUCAAGGGGACCCCUCUAGAAAUCACGUUUCCAAAUGAACUAAGAAGGGGACAAGAAGCAAUUGUUGAAAUCUCUUUUGAAAGCUCUCCACAGUCUUCAGCUCUCCAGUGGUUUACUCCAGAGCAAACUUCUGGAAAGAAACACCCAUUUCUCUUCAGCCAGUGCCAGGCUAUCCACUGCAGAGCCAUUUUUCCAUGCCAAGACACACCUGCUGUCAAACUAACCUACUAUGCAGAGAUUUCCGUGCCGAAGGAGCUGGUGGCUCUGAUGAGCGCCAACCGCGAUGGGGAGGCGCCCGACCCGGAGGACAGCGCGCACAAGGUUUACCGCUUCAGCCAGAACGUUCCUGUACCUUGCUACUUGUUUGCUUUAGUGGUUGGAGCCUUAGAAAGUAGAAAGAUUGGCCCAAGGACACUGGUGUGGGCUGAAAAGGAACUAGUGGAUAAAUCAGCCUAUGAAUUUUCUGAGGCUGAAGCUAUGCUGAAAACAGCAGAAGAUUUGGCAGGACCUUAUGUGUGGGGACAGUAUGAUUUGUUAGUCUUACCACCUUCUUUUCCUUAUGGUGGUAUGGAGAAUCCCUGUCUUACUUUUGUAACUCCAACGCUACUGGCAGGUGAUCGAUCUCUAUCAAACGUUAUUGCGCAUGAAAUCUCUCAUAGCUGGACAGGAAACUUGGUAACCAACAAAACAUGGGAGCAUUUUUGGCUGAAUGAGGGUCACACUGUGUACCUGGAGCGCAGGAUCGGUGGCCGGUUGUUUGGUGAGCAGUUCAGGCACUUCCAGGCCCUGGGAGGUUGGCGAGAACUGCAGAACUCGAUAAAUACUCUUGGAGAUAAAAAUCCUGUAACUAACCUUGUCAUUAACCUGGAUGAAGUAGAUCCUGAUGUUGCCUAUUCAUCUGUGCCAUAUGAGAAAGGCUUUGCUUUGCUUUUUUACCUGGAACAGCUCCUUGGAGGACCAGAUGUCUUCAUUGGCUUCUUGAAGGCUUAUGUUCAGACAUUUGCUUAUAAGAGCAUUGUAACGGAGGACUGGAAGAAGUUCUUGUACUCCUACUUCAAGGAUAAGGUAGAUAUUCUUGAUAAAGUUGACUGGAACUCGUGGUUUCAUGCUCCAGGAAUGCCACCAGUGAAGCCUACGUAUGAUACGACACUAUCAAAUGCUUGCAUUGCCUUGAGCCAAAGAUGGAUCCAAGCAAAAGAAAGUGAUUUGGGCUCAUUCAGCUCAGCAGACCUGAAGGAAAUGUCAUCUCAUCAGUUAAUUGAGUUCCUGGCACUGUUGCUUCUGGAGGAGCCUCUUCCAUUGUCACAUGUCCAACGCAUGCAGGAAGUAUAUGACUUCAAUGCUAUAAACAACUCUGAAAUAAGAUUCAGAUGGCUGCGCCUCUGUAUCAGGUCCAAGUGGGAAGCAGCUAUUCCUCUGGCUUUAAAAAUGGCAACAGAUCAGGGCAGGAUGAAGUUUACUCGACCAUUGUUCAGGGACCUUUAUGGUUUUGACAAGAGUCGGGAUCUGGCUGUCAAGACGUUUCUGGAGCAUAGGGCCUCUAUGCACCCUGUCACUUCAAUGCUCGUGGGCAAAGACUUGAAGCAGGACCAGUGACAAGUGUACUUAUUUCUUUGAGAUUUUGUGUUGCUGAAAGAAGAGACUGGUUGCCCAAACUCUUGAUAUGUGUGCUUGAUUAUACCCUAAAAUGCUCUGCUGCUUUGGUACUUCUGUAACUUAAAAUUAAUUUUCCAAAUCAAGUUCAGUACUGUUGCAGUAGAUAGCACUGCCAGCAGACUCCAACUACUCCCAGACUCUGACUGCAGGCUGCCCUUGCAGACUCUGACUGCAGCAGGCCCCAU